UCUGACAAAAGCAGUUGCUGAAGAAGAAAGAACCAAGAAAAUCAGAAAUUCCCCUCUCGUUAAAUGGUGCUUCGAGAGUUUACUUGCCUGUGCAAUGCAAUUCCAAGCCUCUGCUGGGGCAAAAGAACUUCUGCAGACUGUGUUGAAUAUUGUAUCUCAGAAACUUUGGGCACCCAAAGAGAUCUUCAAACUCCUUGGAGCCUUAACUUCCCACCACCAUGAUGAAAACUUUAUUUCCAUCAUGAAGAUUUUACAUUUGAUGACAACAUAUCAAAUAUCUUCAGAGUGGAAAGAUGAGAACAACCAAUCUCUCCUUCAGCUCAUAGAUUCAACAGGAACCCAGGAUCUGAUUCUGAAUUUGGAAAAUAGUUGCAAAGCAGAGAAAAAUAAAAGUCUUGAUACUCUCUUUGAUGAAAUCAGGGCCAUGAAAGACCUUGAUGAAGAAACACUGGAGAAAUCAUACACUAUAGUAAAGCAUGUACAAGACCUGAUUAAAACUGGUGAAAUUAAGAACCACACAGAUGUACAGCGAGCUCGGAGUCUGAGCCACAGCAUGAAAACAGAAGACCUGCAGGAGGUCCUGGCUGUCUUGUGCAAUGCUGUAAACAAUACAAUAGCUGGGGGCUGGUGGUAUCCUAGAGAUACUCAAAUGACAAGCUGGUGCUUCUUAGCCUUGGCUGACAAUGGAAAGCUCUUGCAGAUGGGCACUGGAGAAGGGAAGUCUGUUGUGGUAGCUAUGUUUGCAACACUGCGUGCUCUCAGGGGUGAAAAAGUAGAUGUGAUCUCCAGCUCUCCUGUGUUAUGUCAAAGGGAUGCAGAGGAAUGUGCUGAUUUCUUCAGCUACUUUGGCCUCACGGUGGACACAAACACCAAUAAAACCAAAGAUGCAGAUCGAAAGAAAUGCUACGAGAAGGAUAUAAUCUAUGGAACUGUUGAGACAUAUGCUGCAGACCAUCUUCGCCAGACAUUUGAGAUGAAGGACGUGAGACCUGAUCGCAGGUAUGAGUGCAUCAUAAUCGAUGAAGUGGACUUGCUGCUUCUGGACCAGGGAAUACAGGUGACCUACCUGUCCAGCUCCAUGUCUGCCCUGCAGCACCUGAACAUUAUUCUGACCAUGAUCUGGGCCCAUGUAUACCAGUACCGCAUCCGGUCCGCAGGAUACCAGACACUCAUAUGUGGUCCCCCCGCUUCAUUCUACAAAGUUAUAUUUGACUCAAUGAAUACAGAGGACACUGAAAUCGAUGACCCUAUGGAUGUUUUGCAGAUUGCUGAAGAAUGCAACAUUGUUCAGAAAGGAUUUACGGAAGAGAUCUACAAAAGUGAUAAGGAUGGCAUAAUUACAAAACUGAAAACUGUGACUGUAGAAGCUCAGCUGAAUUUCUUCAAAGAAAUGGAGGACUAUGUCCCAUAUGGGUUCACUGUCUACAGUUUAGAUGGCAAUGGUUCUCUUAGCCUUAGAAAACAGAGUUUGAAAAAGCAAGUUAUUCAAAACCUGAAAUUUCUUGUUUUACAUGAAGGACUGUGUUGUCCUGUCUAUGAUUCAGAAGAUAUUCUAGUUGACCCGAUUGCAGAACUAAUCUGUGGUCAACUAAAUUACACUCCAUGUGAAAACAAUUCGAAAAAAAUCAACAUGCCUGGUUUCCUAAAAGAUCUAGUGGAGCAUAAAACGUCAACAUGGGUACAGAAUGCCUUUCUGGCCAUGAGACUGAAGAAAGGACAGGAAUAUGUUGUGGAAGAUGACCACAUCUAUCCUGUGGAUUUCAAAUCCACAGGUACUAUUGAACUGAAUAAGAAAUGGGGUGAAGGUCUGCAACAAUUUGUUGAGAUUAAACACCAAAUCAAAAUAAGCACAAUGACAGCAGUGACCAACUAUGUUUCCAAUAUUGCCUUUUUUGAAAAAUACAAUGGGAAAAUAUAUGGAUUGACGGGAACACUUGGCAGCAAAUCAGACAUGAUGUUUCUGAAUAACCAAUAUCCAAGUGUCUCUGCCUGCAAAAUGCCGUCAUUCAAAGGGAAAAAGUUAUUUGAAGUUAAAGGUAUACUCAAGGUCUCAACUGAAGACUGGAAAGCAGGAAUAAAACGUGUACUUAUGAAUGAAAUUACCUCAAAUUCCUACAGAGAAGGAAGAGCGGCCCUGGUGAUCUGUGAAACAAUCAAUAGAGUCCAUGAGCUCUAUGAAGAACUAAAAGACAGCAUUCCAGGUGAAAUCAUUCAAUACACACGCAGUGACGCAGACAGUUUGAAAAGUAUACGUACAAAACAGAAUCCUGGUGAUGUGGUGCUGGCCACAAACCUGGCAGGCCGUGGGACAAAUAUAAAAGUCAUCAAAGACGUGAACAAAAAUGGAGGAUUAUUUGUGAUCCUCUCCUUCCUUUCUGACAAUGAAAGAGUGGAACGCCAGGCCUUUGGGCGAACUGCACGCAAAGGUAACCCAGGAUCUGCUCAGAUAAUCAUGUCUACUGAUCAUCUAGAUGAGUGUUACAGGACAGUAGAUUCUAUGGAGGAAGCAAAGGACAUUCGAAAUAGUCUUGCAAUAGAGAAGAUACAAGAUAUGCAGAAUGACAUUGAUCAGAUGCAACUGCGAGAGGACCUAUUUGCAGAGUACUGCAAAACACUUAAAGAGAUUUACAGCUGCACAGACAAAGAUGAACAGAAGGCUAUUGUUUGCGUCUUGAAUGAGUUCUGGGGAAUUUGGCUACAAACGCACUCAAAAGAAAUUGAACAGCUGAAGAGAAAUGAACUGCAGAACAGCUUGAGAGCUGAUUUGGAAUUUGCAAAAAAGCAGGCAGAGUCUCAGAAUUCCCCCUCGUCUAGUAUUUAUCACUACAUCAAGUUUGGGAAUGUUGCACUGAAGGACAAAAACUGGAAUGUCAGUGCCAGGCUCUUUGAAAAAGCUACAAAAACAGAUGCAAGUUGGGCAGCCAUAGCAUUCUACAACCGUUCAUACUGCAUUAUAAAGAUGCAAUCAGGAGAUUAUCUCACUCAAGCCAAAGAUAAUCUGAAGAAGGCACAGGAUUCCUUGAAGUACUUAAGUGAGGAAUGCAUGACAGGCCUGAACUUUAUAAAAAUGGCCAUUCCCAAAUCUGCAAAGGGUACCACCACCACUCUUGAAAAACAGUAUUCCACCAAGUGCAACAUGCUCAAUUACCUUGAUAAAAAUAUGAAGGAUGCCAUGAAGAAACUGGAUGAAAUUAAGGGAAAGGGGAGGGAUGCUCUUGCAAAAAAAGCUCCGGUCUUCACCCUGGUGUCAGAUGAUCAAGAAGAGCUCCAAAUGGAAACCUUCAAUCUCUAUGAUCGGGGUCUGAAAUACAUCUUUUCUGUGGAAGAGGAGCCUCGUUUCCCAUGGGAAGCACUGGUGGUGUUCUUUCUCGGACUUGCACAGAUUAUCGGAGGGGCAUUGCUCACUGCAUUUACAUUUGGUACACUAGCCAAUGUUGGUAUGGGACUCAUCACUGAAGGAAUCUCAGACUGCAUCACUGGCAUAGAGUCAAUGAUAACUGGUGAAUUCAGCUGGCAAUCAUGGGCAAUAGAUAAAGCCAUUUCUAUUGGUGUCUCUCUCAUUGGGUUUGGAAUUGGAAAGCUGGUUGCAAAGGGCUUCAAAGUUGUUAAAACGGCAAUGAAAGGAUUCAGCAAGCUUAAGAAUAUGCCAAAGUUCUUUGGCAGUCAGGUUAAAGAGGGCUUUAGUAUGACUAUGAAGGCCAAUAUGAAGAAUUCAGUAAAACUAACUGCUAAAAAAAUUGUGGAGGAAACAGUUGCCUAUGGAAUUGAGAAGGCAGAGAAUGAAAUGAUUAACAAAAUAGUAGAGGAGAUAGAAAAGGCAGUGGCGAGGGGAUUACUCAAUGAAGUGCAGUCCAAUAUGGAAAAAGAUCCCCUUUUAUCAUCAACAAAUUCCAUUGUACUUUCUCACGCUGAGAAUACGACUGAAUUUAAUGAACUCAUGAAGGACCAUAUAAUGAAGUCUCAAUUGCUGUCCAUUUUCACAGAGAUAAGCACCGGAGCACUGGAGCCUUACUCUGCAGACCUCAGCUGGCAAAACCAGCUCAGCUCCUCCAUCUUCAAUGUGGUGGAUGCUGUAAAGGAUGAUGCUAAAGGGAAAACAAAAAUGAUUCUGAAUGCUAUCAAAGCCGCUCAUAUGGCAGCACUGGCAUCAGACGCUGUCGCUUCAGUGAUCAAACUCGCAAGCACAUAUUUUGAAGGUCUGGAUAAAGGGCUGGAACAGUUUCUGAAGAAAAAAAAUGUCCAAAAGGCAGUGAAACAAAGCGACCUGUCAGAUUCAGACAACGAAAUACUGAAAAACUUCAGGCAAGAAAUCGCCAAAAGUGUCAGCGAUUUACUGGCAUCUACUUUAGUUCAAGUGUUUCACCAGAAGUUCUCCAGUCACCUUGUUUCUUUGGCUCAAAGCAAAAUAAAUGAUGCCAUUGGGGAACAUGUGAGCUCAGGGUUAAAAACUGAGGAUUCUGAGAAUCAGAUUUCAGAUGCACAGGACAGUCUAUAUGAAAAACACAUGCCAAAAGAUGAAAAGACAAAGGACCAUGCUGAAAAGGUCAAGAAUUCAGAGACGACUGGUAGCAAUGUUGAUAUCAAUGUCCUGUCAGAAGUCACUGGCACAAAGGUUGUGAUCUUAACAGAAGGUAAAGAUGGAAAACUUACCAAACUGCAGGAGAUGAGCCCCAACAAUGACGAUGCCAGUGAGACUGUGACACUGGUCUACAGGCCCAAGAGUGAUGAACACCCAGAUGGACAUUAUGACGUGCUCAUCAAUGACCAGACAGUGAGUGUAGAGAAAGGUGACUUAUAUUCUGCUAUGGCACAUGGAAUGAAACCAGGCGCAAGUAAGGAAGAGAUUUCAGAUGCAGCAGAUGACCUGCGAGCUAAGGAGGCCGAGGCUCUUGAGGAAAAGCCCGCACUCUGGCAGUCCUUUAUCCAGCGUGAAGAGUGGAUUGAAGAACUAAUAGUAGGGUCCUGGGGAUUAGCACAGGGAGUUUCUUCAUCAGAAGAAAGCGCGACUCUCAAAGACAAAAUUAUGAAUAUUGUGCAGCAAGAGAGUCAGUCUGCUGCAGACAGCAAAUUGUGGUUAGCUAAGGCAAAAAGUAUAGAAAUAACCGGAAUAAUUAUCAAUGGAGAUAAUCAACCACCAAAGAACACUGUAAUGACAGCUGAACAUUUUCAAUUAAACAGCAAGCUAACUAAUGCAAUGUUUGAGGUAGCUACAGACUUUUCUAUGCAUGCCACAUGCAAGCUUCCAGUUGUUUAUGCGCCAUAUGAGCGAUAUAAUAAGUUCCCAACUGUGCAAUCUGCAAAUCUCAGUAAGUUAUUGGCUGAAACCAUGAGCAGGGAUGACGUUGAGGGCACCUUCAAACUAACCAUCCUUGGUUCGAUGCCAACAUUUAUGCUGCUGAAGAAAUAUUUACAGAACGAAGAAAUGAGUGUGACCAGAUUGGACUCUUUUGAACAAAGUUUUCCAAAGCACGCUACAGAAUUGGUAAACACGUGGUUCAAACUCCUGAAGUCCAAAACAGAUAUCAUAAAACCACACAAUAAACAAAGACUUGAACACUGGAUCAACACUAAAAGAUACCUUGAUCCAAAUGAUCCCUUCAGGAAACUACUCACCAGUUCCAUGUAAAAAAGCUGUAGCCACUCAUGAGCAGGGGACUGGCCAGAGGAUGUUAAAGGCCAGAUAAACUGCAGAUGAGUGGCUCUACAGGAAGAGGUUCCCCCUCCCUUCCCUCCUUUUGUUGACCCGCCUUCAUCUGACCAGCUGCGAUAUGUAAUGUUUCAAAAUGGCAACUAUACAGCUGGGGGCUCUUGUUUAUAUGAUCAGCUGUGACUGUGUUAAGGCUUUAAUGAGCUAUGAUUUAACAACCCCAAGAAACUCACAAAAAGUUGUAAUGCACUCAUCACAUGGGUGUUUUGUGGAAAGGGGAUCGGAGGCAUAGCUCAUGAAUGCUCUAUUCUUGUAUGUAAUGAAAUGCUAGCCAGUAUGUGGUUGCAGGUUUCUUCAUGUGCGUCAAUGUUGAAAAUAAUGAAUAAUUAGCAUUACAAUUAAAAUGAAACAACUGAAGAAAUACAACUUUAUAAAUGGGCCAGCAAUCAUUAUAAAAAUGGCUAGCUGAAAUGAGCAUGUCUCUUACAGUUGCGCCCGAUUAGUUAAUUGUGAAUAACUACCAUACUAGCACUGGCUAGCAAGCAAAAAAUUGUUUUAAUUGCUCAUGACUAUUAAAACAUAAUACUCCUACCAGUUAGCUUGCUAUCUGGUAGUAUCUGCUAUCUGCUAGUAUGAUAAUUCAUGACAUUAACAAAAUUUGAGUUUCACUCAAUUUUACAUUAACAAUCAUACUUUACUAACUUAGCUUGGCUUACAUUACAGGUUAAUGCUCAAAUGUCAAAUGUGUAACUCAUUUAAUGCUAAUUAACAGAUAAAACAUUUAAUUAUCAGACAUACAAGCUACUUAGUGUUAGAAUUAAAUAUGUGGCUUGAUCAUUAGCCAUUUAGGCAAAACUAACAAGGCAAUUACUGCACUCUGUGCUAAAUUGUGUGUUAUUCCACAGAGCAAAUCAAACAUAUUCUCAUGAUUUAACAGACACACAACUUCCCUGAAAAUGCACAGGCUAGCUAGCAUAUACCUUUUUCAAAAGAACAGGCAAGAAGUUUUCAUGAGCCAUGCAUCUUGACCCUAUGUCCAAUCAGAAGCAAGAGCGACUAAAACUGCCCUGCCCGCAGAACAGCCUUCAUCCAUGCAGCUCCGCCCCCAAGCUGCCCCUGACUCCGCGUGAGCUGUCAAUCUGGCAGAGUCCGCCUACUUAAUAAUAGAUAUAAUCAAAACUUUCUUUUUCUUAUUCUGAUACAUUUAUAUUAGGGAUGCUUUUAUUUCUGGGUGAAUUAAAUAUGCAUGUUUUAUAAUGUAGUAAAAUCUGUUUAAUGUAGUUGCUUGUAACUUGCAAGAUGGCCUCUCCUAGAGAUGAAUCAUAUAAAGGCAGCCGUAGAAUCUUACUGUAGAAUUACAUGUGAAAGUGAUGCAUUUCUUUUAUGUUGUUCUUUCUUCGCAUUGAUUCAUUAGCAAAAUAAACUUCAUCCAAACUUU